GGAGGGAGAGGGAGGCACACUGUAAAUAUGGAGGCGGCCAAACGGUAGGAGGUGAGACGGCGAUCGACUUUUCUCCCCGACUAAAUUCCACGCGUUUUCAUUCGGGACAUUUAUGGCGGAUUUGGAAAAGGGACUGGGCGCACCGACGCUUUGACCGAGCAGACUCCGCGGAGAAAGCGACCUCCGCACGCGUACGCUUUCGGGGAAGAGCCGCUGACAUCCACGGAAUGAAUCUUCUAAACCAAAGACCAGUUUAUUCCCCCUGCAUAUCGGAGGACAGUGUUAUUAGAUUGCUUAUAAUCGAGGAACAACAAGCAAGUGACAGCUCAAAGUUGACUACUAGCCACUAAACUACCAGCACCAUCAGCAGCUGCAGCCAGGAGCUAACGAGGAGGAGGAAUUAAUGAAGUUGUAGAGAGAAGGAGCGUGACUCACCUGUCUCUCUGCACCUCCGCUGCCCGUCAUGGAGGACUCACGCUAACGGUGGAAGGGACCAGGCAGGAGCAGGAGCAGCAGCCAGCCUCAUGAGCUCACCGCACACCUCGGUGGAGGUGAAGAGCGGCCUCCCGUCCAGCAUGCACAGUCUGGUCGGAGCAGCUGGAGAGCAGAGAGGAGUGCCUGGAGACACUGGUGGGGGUCAGGGAGAGGGGCCGGCAGGAGCAGGAGGCCCAGUGGACCUGCGCACAGAGCCCAGGCCAAGCUCUCUGUCUGGGAGCAGCACAGCCGUGGACACAGCCCUGAGAGAACAGCAGCUCCAACAGGAACUGGUCCUCCUCAAACAGCAGCAGGAGCUUCAGAAACAGCUGCUGUUCGCCGAGUUUCAGAAGAAACACGAAGUUCUGACCAGACAACAUGAAGUGCAGCUACAGGAGCACCUCAAGCAACAGCAGGAACUUCUGGCAGCCAAGCGUCAGCAGGAGCUGGAGCAGAAGAGGAAGCUGGAGCAGCAGAGGCACGAGGAGCAGGAGAAACAGAGGCUGGAGCAGCAGCUGCUUCUGCUCAGGAACAAGGAGAAGGGCAAAGAGAGUAGGCCUACUCCUGCCUUUAGCUCAUACAGGCCUGUGUCACACCGUCCACCCCAGCCUACACGUCUCUCCUCUGGUCUUCUAGGUGCUAUUGCCAGCACAGAGGUCAAGCUGAAGCUGCAGGAGUUCCUCCUCAAUAAGAAAGAGCCUGGCCCUGGUGGACUCAACCAUUCCUUCUCUCCAAAAUGCUGGGGAGGCCAGCACCCAUCACUGGAGCAGGGCUCACCUCCACAGAGCAACACCCCAGGAACUCCCCCGUCCUACAAACUGCCCCCUCUGCUGGGCAACUAUGAGGGCAAAGAUGACUUCCCACUCCGCAAGACAGUGUCCGAGCCAAACCUCAAAGUGCGCUCCCGGUUGAAGCAGAAAGUUGCAGAACGCCGGAGCUCUCCGCUACUCCGCAGGAAAGAUGGAACAGUCAUCAGUACAUUCAAGAAAAGAGCCAUAGAAAUAUCUGUGUCGUCUCUGUGUAACAGCGCUCCUGGUUCAGGUCCCAGCAGCCCCAACAGCUCCAACUCAGCCAUCGCCAACGGCAACACGGGAUCUGUCCCAAACAUUCAAACGGAGCUGAGAUCUCUGCACCAGACGCUAGGGGCUGAUGGGACAUUGAGUCCUUUGAGUCUGUACACAUCCCCCUCGUUGCCCAAUAUUUCCCUGGGACUCCCUGCCAACACACAUAUCACGGCAUCACAAAAAUUGACGGCUCAACAGGAAGCAGAGCGUCAAGCCAUCCAAUCACUACGAGGGGGCGGGGCUCUAACAGGAAAGUUUCUUUCCACGUCCUCACUACCUGGAGGGGUUGGCCAUGACGUAGAGACUCCACCCCCAAGCUCCCAUUCUACCCAUUCCUCUUUGUUGCAACACGUGUUACUGCUGGAACAAGCCCGGCAGCAGAAUGCCAUGCUCGCUGUCCCUAUGUACAACCAGUCACCGUUGGUUACAGCUGAGCGAGGUGUGUCCAGCAGCAUGCGUCCUGUCAACAAGCUGCCUCGACACCGGCCCUUAUCCCGCACACAGAGCGCCCCCCUGCCCCAGUCGCCCCAGGCCCUGCAGCAGCUCGUGGUCCAACAGCAACACCAGCACUUCCUGGAGAAACACUACAAGAUGUUGUCCAAGGGGGCGGAGCUUCCCAGGCCUCCACCCACACAUCCCGAAGAAACAGAGGAGGAGCUAACAGAGACCAAUGACAUGCAGGAGGAUGAUGCCGAGCCCAGGCUUUACAGGCUACAGAAGGACGGGUCUGACGAGAGCAUGCCCUCCUCAGAGCGACUGGGCGUGCAUGUGAAGGGCGAGGAGGAGCGAGGGAGUGUGCACGUGAAAGGAGAGAGCACGGAGAGCGAGCUGGAUGAGGAGGAAGAGGAUGAUGAUGUCAUCCAGCUGAGGGAGGGCGAUGAAGAUGAGAGAGGCUACAAUCAGGCCUUGCAGCAGGUUGGAGUGUUCCAGUCGGCGCUGCCCCACAGAACUCUGGGUAGAACGCAGUCGUCUCCCGCCACAGCGACUGUCAAUCCCAUCAAGCACCUCUUCACCACCGGGCUUGUUUAUGACAGUCUGAUGCUGAAACACCAGUGUAUCUGUGGGAACGCUCACAUCCACCCGGAGCAUGCGGGCCGUGUGCAGAGCAUCUGGUCCAGACUGCAGGAGACGGGCCUGCUGAGCCGCUGUGAGAGGAUCCGUGGGAGGAAAGCGUCUUUGGAUGAGAUCCAGACGGUCCAUUCAGAGUUCCACACUCUGCUCUACGGCACCAGCCCGCUCAACCGCCACAAACUGGACCACAAGAAGCUGCUAGGUCCAAUCAGCCAGAAGAUGUAUGCUGUUCUCCCCUGUGGCGGCAUUGGGGUGGACAGUGACACAGUGUGGAAUGAGAUGCACUCCUCAGCGGCCGUGCGCAUGGCAGUGGGCUCUGUCAUUGAGCUGGCCUUUCGAGUGGCAGCGGGGGAGCUCAAGAAUGGCUUUGCAGUUGUGCGACCACCAGGGCACCAUGCAGAGGAGUCCACUGCCAUGGGCUUCUGCUUCUUCAACUCAGUUGCCAUCACUGCCAAGUUACUGCGACAGAAACUGGGAGUGGGCAAAGUCCUCAUAGUAGACUGGGACAUUCACCAUGGCAACGGGACCCAGCAGGCGUUCUACAGCGACCCCAACAUCCUCUACAUCUCCCUGCACCGAUACGAUGACGGGAACUUCUUCCCUGGCAGCGGCGCCCCUGAGGAGGUGGGAUCAGGUGCAGGUGUGGGCUUCAAUGUAAACAUCGCAUGGACUGGAGGAGUGGAUCCACCCAUGGGGGACGUGGAGUACCUCACUGCUUUUAGGAGUGUGGUGAUGCCCAUUGCCCAGCAUUUCAGCCCUGAUGUGGUGCUGGUGUCCGCAGGCUUUGACGCAGUGGAGGGACAUCAGUCUCCUCUGGGGGGGUACAAAGUCUCAGCUAAAUGUUUCGGUCAGCUGACGCAGCUCCUGAUGGGUCUGGCUGGUGGGCGGGUUGUCAUGGCGCUGGAGGGUGGUCAUGACCUCACUGCCAUCUGUGACGCCUCGGAGGCGUGUGUAUCUGCGCUGCUGGGAGAGCCGUGUGAGUCGUUCCAGUGGCCUCAGGAGCAGCCCUGUCCAAAGGCGUAUUCGUCACUCGAGGCUGUCAUAGACAUCCAGAGUAAACACUGGCCCUGUCUGCACAGCCUGUCCCCGUCCACAGGACACAUGCUGCUGGACAGUCCCCAGGGACAGUCAGAGAGGGACGAGGCCGAGACCGUCAGUGCCAUGGCCUCUCUUAGUGUGGACGUGGAGUCCAGCUCUGCAGCAGACAGCUCCCACACCACAAGGUCCACAGAGGAGCCUAUGGAGCAGGAGCCUGUUUUGUAGGAGGACUCUUAAGAGAAGCACAUGUAAACUCUACGUCGCCUCCUUGUGGCACGUCCUCUUCUUUGCCCUGCCUUCACUGGUGUGUGGUUGGCACACCUGCAGCAGGGAGGACUUUUAUUGUGAGGCGCAGGAUCGGGGCUUGUGUCGCCCUUGGCACAAACUCACAGCGAUCUUGUACUGGUUAGAGGAGGAGCAGACGACUUGUUGGCAUCUCCGUGGCAACCAGAGGGAGGACAGUCGUUACAGCACUGAGCUUUGACCUCAUCCCUUUUUCUCCUGUCUACAGAGGAUUUUUUAAACAGGCAGCGAGUGGACGACUUGUCCACUGACCUGCUGACUUUGAGACAAAAAGGAAAAAACUCUGAUAUGAUCAGAGCGGGAUGAGGAACUAGGUGCCUUUUUGUCCACAGAAAUAAACGGUUGAAUUUCAAAACCACAUAAAACCACCGCCGGAACACCUCAGCAAAAAACUCAACAAAACAAAAACAAAGAUACAAUCAGCCCACUUAGGCCUGAGUCAUGCUCACCACUGUCAGUGUCACCUCAUCUUCUCUUCAUGUCGAUGCCUUAAUUUGUUGUUCAUUUAGUGACCACAAGAGGGAGGUGUCAUAUGCUGUUUAGAUUUGAGUAUUCCAACAUACAGUGAAGCCAUCAUACCUCACCACAGAGCGCCAUGUAACAUCUCCACCGAAUAUUGUUUUAUGUAAAUACAACUGUACAUAGUAAUAGUCCAGAAUAUUUACAAAUGACACAGUACCUUUUAAUAGGUCAUCUUAAAUAUGUAUAAAUAUUUAUUAAUGGGUCAGGGCCCGUUCGUCUGCACAAAGAAUGUUACAUAGAACAAAACAUUUUGAAAAUGUUAGAAAGGAUUUAAAAAAAAAAAACUAACAUCAUAAGAUUAAAUAAGAAAAUCUGCAGCUGGUAGUGAAAAGCCUAAUUUCAGUGCAUGAAUGUUUUAAUACUAUAACUUUUGUACAUGGGGUCUUGGUUCGGGAGAUCAGUGGAAAUGUUACAUUCAAAGUGAUUAAUGAACCAAAUUAAGUGUUCCAGAUCCAAACAAAAUGUUUCCAUACAGUUGUAUAAUUGUAUGUACAGCAGUUUGACUAUUGUACUACACAAUGAGCUAGUACAGUGAGCUCCAUUUGAAAUACACCUGUUGUACAUUUCUUGAAAAUGAUGACAGUUUACAAGUGGCUUGUAAUGACAAUAUUGCAGAUGACCAAAGCCCUGCUAAGUGCUAAUUUGCUAAUUCAAAUAUUCUUGGAGCGUUCGAUGGCGUCUCUGCUGGUGAAGGUGCCUCAGGAUCCAGUGCUCAUCAUGUGACUACAGCCCCGCCCCCUUCUUUCCAUUGGACAGGGAACUCUCCUUUUCCUCAAAUAUUCCUGUUGGAUGUAAAUACUGUGUCUUGUCCAGUCAGACUUUUCUAUGACUGUACAUGGCAGACCCUACUCUUGAGUGUGGGAUCAGACUGGUACAGAUGUGGAGGGCUUUGGGAGUUGGCACACAUAGGGCUCACACCACCUGUCUGUUUACACAUGUUGACUACAGCUGGAGCUGAUGGAGGAGCAGUGGUCCAGCUCCUUUGGCAGGACCAAGCAGGCACGCUGCCCCCCACAGACCAACACCAGCAACUACAUAUUAGCUCAAAGGGGGACAAUUCAGUAUGCUGUUACUGGGGUUCUGUGAGGAACAAGAUAGACAUGUUUAAUUUACAUCUGUGUGAAACUUUAUAUCACCUUAAUUGAAAUAGGCUUUGCAACACUGCAAAACUUAUUACCAAGCAAUAAGUGUGCUUUCCAAAUGUAAUAAAAGAUAGUCUGUACUUUCAGCAAAUGUAUAUAUUUAUAAACGGAGUUCUCAUUCAAGAAAAAAAAAAAAUCACACGUUUUUGCAUGUCCCGUUUAUUCUGACAAUGGACAGUGUGAACGUACAGGUUUAAAACAUAUUCUCAAGUAGAAAUGGGUCACAUACAUAGAUGGACUCAUCCAUACACAUACGUGAUAUGUGUAAGUAGCACAGCACAGUUAUAGGCAAAGUUAAGUCCUCAUUCUCACUACAGUGCAUUUACAUUACGUUCAGUUAAGUGCCUGCUUUAUGUUUGAGCUGCCAUGUUUGUUACCCAAGUGGAAUAAUGAUAAAUAUCUCAUAGAACCCUUUGUACCAAAUACUGAGCCCUCAUAAAGGUCAAGGGUCAGGGACAGGCCCCGCCCUCUGGUGACACAUUGAACACAGGUUUUUAUCAUGUCCAUUAGCCAUUGUACCACUCAUCCAGGAACAGCUCUGGUGAGGUGAGACUGUUGAACUUUUGUUAGCUUGGUCAGCAAUCUCCAUUCAUUUGAUGAAGCACGGUUCAGAAUUGUCCUUUACAAAAAGCGGAUGCAAGCCCCAUCUGAGUGUCAGGUUAACUAUUCCGCAAAGAACUAAACAUCCAAAACCAUUAUGCACCUAUUAUUAACUGUACAUCACCUUACUUGAGCAAUAAUAGACCCCACCGCUGAAGACGUGAUCCAACUUACAUGCAAGUGAAAGUGAGCGAGUUUACUUUAUAGCCAUUGGAUAUUUUUGCACAUUUCUAAAGCCAUAUUUUUUACUUAUUUGUUGCUUUUUAAUAUGCAUAUAAUUUAAAUAAUAAAGUUUAAAUGGCAACUACAUAAUUCCAGUAUAGCCUUAAGCUGCAACUUAAGCAAUGGUUUUGAUGAGGAAUCCCACUCUUUUCCGUUUUGUUCAUUUCCACCAAAACAUCAAGACACAUAUUCAUUGCAAAACGGUUAUGUUCCCUGACCUGUUUUUUUGUUUUGGGAGUCUAAUAUAAACAUUAUUUGUAUUGUAACAAGGUGAAUUACCUGAUACUCUAAUGGGGCUGUACAUCGGCUGUUUUUAGCACCACAAAUAUCAAAUAGUACAUUCCUGGGCAGGGGAGAGGUUAAGUUGAUGCACAUUGUAGAAAGCUUUAAGGCUGCGAAAGACUGUUUUGGUCGUCCACGUUAAAGAACAAAAUUGGCUUAAAAUUCAGAAGGAAUGCGUUCCAACCAUAGACUGUAUGCACACGGUCAGUGGUUCCAACUCAAAUAGGGACUUAUUCAAAUGUUAAAUAUUUGGUUCAUGAAUGUCUUUGCUACACCACUAUGUUGAUCAUCUCCAAACUGACAUCACAACGCUAUUGAACAGUUCACUAUUUUGUCUGUUUAGAGAACCUUCGGUAAGAUAACUUCAAAUCAAGAGACUGACAGCUGUAAUUUGUGUCUUACAAGUGGAAAGUUACUAAGCAGUGAAUAAUCGAGCCUCAUUUUCAGAAACUUAAGUGGUGUAUUUGUACUAUUGUUAACUAAGUCCAUUUGUCUGUUGGUAGUUGGUAAAAGCAAGGCACAAACUGGGGCUGGUCAGAUUUUUAAAGAUGAGUAUUAAUGGUUAACAAUAGACUGCUUACUGAAUAAUACCUAUUUAGUCUGGACAGUUUAGUUUUGUAGGUGUAGGUUUCCAGACAUUAAAGGAACUGUAUGUAAGAUGUUGUUUUUAGAUUGUAUAAACUUGACUUAAAUGUGUUACCAGAUAAGUUGUUUGUGCAAAUCAAAUAUAGCUUUCACUGAUAUCAGUUCUAAUGCAGAUUUAAUCUUAAUUACAAAAACAUUGGACAUGAUGGCUCAGUAUGAUCAGAAAGCAGAAUGGGUUGACAGUAUCGAUGCUGAAAUCCAGUUGGUUUAAAUCUGAAGACUACAGGCUACAUACAGUUCCUUUAACAAAUAUUAAAUUUACUUAAUAAAACAUUAACACACCAAGUUUAACAUAUUAAUAAUUUCUUUCCGUUUUUACUUCAACACUAAAAUACUAAAUACUAAAAUACAGAUUAACUAUUUUAAUUAUGCUGUUUUUAAGAAUGGCUUAGUUAAUAGUUGUCUAUUGCUAAACAUUUGAGAUAUCGAAAAUGAUCUCCCCAGUUAAAACCUUGCGAUUUUAUUCACUUCCAACCACACACUACAACAAAGCGCACACUACUUUUCUCUCACCAUUUGGGCUCUUUUGCUACAUGAGCGAAUACUGUAUAUUUCUUGAUAUGUUUGAUACUGUGGUGUAACUGUAGUGUCCUGCUCUAAUCCGGGGGGCUGUAUUUGGGGACGGGACAUACCUCCUCCUUUUGUUUUUGUUUCUGAGGGGGGCCCUUUCUGUGUCGUCUAUCGUUUGUGGCUAAAACCUGGCGCCAAUCACAAGCACAUUCCUGACUAUUUCUUCUGUCCUUGCCGUUGUCUUUUUUUUUUUUUUUUUAUCUGGAGGCUUUCCUGUUGCAACAAUUCAACAUGUGUGUAGUUCACAUGUAAAUAAAAAGUGCAUCAUUGUGUUCACAUGUGCAAUACACUAUCAGAGCAAUCUUAUUACUGUGACUAUUACUGGCAAUGAAAACGCGCCCCUUUUCUCUGUCUUUUCUGUUGUUGGAGUCAGGAGUCAAAGGGAAGCUGAUUGUUCACUCAUUACAGGGUUUUGUGGACAUUAAAGAAACCCUUUUUAUUACUCACUGUAUUGUUGUGACGUUGAUCCUCAGUAUCAGUUUCUUUUUUUAAGUGGGCCUGUUGUUAAAUUUGUCUGAAAACUCAAUAAAGCAAUUCACUGACAAGAUGUGA